AUGGGUGACGACAGACUCUCUGAACACCCCAAGCCCAUGGAAUUUCUCAACCUCUAUUUGGGGGAGAACCUGCAGCCCAACCCAGAAGCACACCUGAGGGAAACGUGCAGCCUUCCUGACCCUCCCGAACCUCGUGGGGAACAGACCUGGGCCUCUGAGCCUCCUGAGAGGCCAGAUGCUCUGCCCUUAUCCCAGGGGGAGCCCAGGCACAAAUCGGCGAUCCCCGGGUCACCCAGGAACAGCCAUCCUCUGGGGAGCCCGAGGCAGAGCCAGAGCACGUCCACCCAGGUGGUAUUCUGGGCAGGCAUCCUGCAGGCCCAGAUGUGUGUCCUGGACCUGGAGGAGGAGCUGGAGAAGACAGAGGGGCUCAGGGCUGAGCUGAGGUGCUGCCUCCCUGCAGCCCCUGUGGAGCUCCCCCCUUUCCCCAACAGCCCCGCGGGCCCCCGGAGCUCAGGCCUCCACCCCAGCUUACCGGUGGAGGUGGCCCCAGGGGGAGACAACAGUGGCCCUGAGGGGGAGAACCAGCACUCUGUGUGGCCAAGGGAGGGAGGGACAGACUCCUCCCCGGAGUGGGGUGCUGAGGAGGAGAGCAUAUUCUUCGACAAUCCCCUCUUUUUGGAGAGCCCUUGCUCGGACACCAGUGCUUCUGGAGCUCGUUUUUCCUGGGGGUUCUCAGACUCCCGCACGGAUGUGAGACCUGAGCCCCAGUGUCGCCAGAUCCUGGAGCCUCCACUCCCAGGAGGGGGAGCACUGUGGGAACUGGACAGCGAGCCGGGUUUAGGGGGUGGCGCAGCUGAUGACAGCGGACACACCACGCCUUCAUUCCCUGUGCUCACCUACAAACCUCACUCCUUCUCGUGGACUGUGGAGGGUGAGGCCACCAAGGGGACCCCCGAAGCACCUCCUGACUGGGGGGAGAGUGAGACUUCUCUGGCAGACAGUCUUGACCCCGCCCCACUUGCAGCAUCCUGUGUGGACAAAGCAUUGACCUGGGAAACAGGACAAGUCCGAUCUGAUCCCACCUCUGCCAUACAGCCUGUGCAACCUUGGGCCCUGCCCAGCCCGGAAGGCUGGCAGACAGAAGAGGGUCCUUCCUGGCCCCAGGUGCCUCUGAUCUCCCAGGACCAAGGUGACAGUGAUGCUGAGUGUCCCCAGGAGUCUGCUCUGCGCACCUUGGCUCCUGGCCCCUGGGGGAGCCCAGCUUCAUCACCGGUGCCUAGUAGCCCCGAGUCUGAGAACAGAGGCCCUGGCCCCAGGCCCAGCCCCGUGUUCUCCCGGGAAGGCAGCCCGAAGCCCUGGGGCCCCCACUGGGACAGCAGUCUUCCUGAGCGGACGCUAGAUGCUUCACGCCCUUCACUCUUGGAGACAGAUAGGGCAGAGCCACGUUUGCUGGAGAAAGAGGAGGCAGGAGAGGCCUGGAGUGAAGGCCCAGCCAGGGCUCCAGAGGUGGGAGCCAUCCAGCCUGGCGCUUGCUUGACCUCUGCAGAAGGGUAAGUUCUGAGGACGCUGUUGGACCUUUGCAGGCUUCCUGAGAGCCCCAUGCCCCAAGCGCAGUCCCCGGAGGAAGGCCAAAGGCCACAGACUGGAGACAAGCUGGCUAACGGUAACAGCACCGACAAGGUGGCCUGGAACUUGGCCUCUCGCCUCUAUCACCUGGAAGGCUUCCGGAAGUCUGAAGUGGCUGCCUACCUGCAGAAGAACAAUGACUUCAGUAGGGCCGUGGCUGAGGAGUAUUUGUCUUUCUUCCAGUUUGGAGGCCAGAGCCUGGAUCAAGCCCUCCGGGUCUUCCUCCAGGCCUUGGUGCUCAGCGGGGAGACUCAGGAGCGGGAGCGAAUCCUCUACCAGUUCUCCAAACGCUUCCAUUACUGCAAUCCCGGGGCCUUCUCCUCCGCAGAUUCUGUUCACACCUUGACCUGUGCCAUCAUGCUCCUCAACACGGACCUGCACGGACAGAACAUUGGGAAGAGCAUGAGCUACCAGGAAUUCAUAACCAACCUGAACGGCCUGCGGGACGGCGGGAACUUCCCGAAGGAGCUGCUGAAGGCCCUCUACUGGUCUAUCCGAAGUGAGAAGCUUGAAUGGGCCGUGGAUGAAGAAGACGCAGGCAGAGCAGAGAAGGCCCAGGUGUCUCCCCCCACUGGCAAGAUGAGCAACCCCUUCCUCCAGCUGGCCCAGAACCCCACGGCGCCCACCUACAAGCAGGGCAUCCUGGCUCGGAAGAUGCAUCACGAUGCGGAUGGCAAGAAGACGCCGUGGGGCAAGCGCGGCUGGAAGAUGUUCCACACCUUGCUUCGAGGGAUGGUCCUCUACUUCCUGAAGGGAGAGGACCACUGCCCCCCUGCAGGGGAGAGUUUGGUGGGACAGAUGGUGGACGAGCCCGUGGGGGUGCACCACUCGCUGGCCACGCCAGCCACCCAUUACACCAAGAAGCCGCACGUCUUCCAGCUGCGGACUGCCGACUGGCGCCUCUAUCUAUUCCAGGCUCCCACUGCGAAGGAGAUGAGUUCCUGGAUCGCGCGCAUCAACCUGGCGGCCGCCACGCACUCGGCGCCGCCCUUCCCCGCCGCGGUGGGCUCCCAGCGCAGAUUCGUCCGGCCCAUCCUGCCUGUGGGCCCGGCCCAGAGCUCCCUGGAGGAGCAGCAUCGAUCCCACGAGAACUGCCUGGACGCUGCCUCCGACGACCUGCUGGAUCUGCAGAGGAACUUACCGGAACGGCGGGGCCGCAGCCGGGAGCUGGAGGAGUACCGCUUGAGGAAGGAGUAUCUGGAGUAUGAGAAGAGCCGCUACGAGACCUACGUGCAGCUGCUGGUGGCCCGUCUGCGCUGCCCCUCGGAUGACCUGGACCUGUGGGAAGAGCAGCUGCAGAGGGAAGCCGGAGGCACUCAGGAGCCCAAGCCCAGCCUGAAGAAGUCCCACUCCAGCCCAUCCCUGCACCAGGAAGAGGCCCCCACCACAGCCAAGGUGAAGCGCAACAUCUCAGAGCGCAGAACUUACCGGAAGAUCAUACCCAAGAGGAACCGCAAUCAGCUCUGAAGCUGGCACCACCACAUGGACUCUGGCCCUGUAUUCGGGCGGGGGGGGACCUGAGAUGAGACCCCAUGGAGGAGCCUUGUUUCAGGGU